AUGCUUAAGCUGGAAGCUGGUAUCUUUCUCCGAGUCUUCAGGUGCCAGGAUAAACAACUCAUGCAUGGCCACCUUCACCUCUGUUGCUCUGACCUUCCUGCUAGCUGUGCUGCUACUGGGAGAAUGGGCUGUACUUCCAAUGAAUAUAUGUGUACAUUCUGCAAUGCGACGAUUGGAAGUCUAGCCGAUCCAACUGGAUUUGAUCUCAACUAUUUACGGCCAACUAGUGACAGCCGACUCCUACGAUAUUCCUUUAUGUGGUCAGAGACCGAGAACCUUGAUCAACGGGAAUUUUUGACGAGGCGUAGUGGGAAACGGUGGUCACCACUUGACCAGUUACCAGGCUGGAUGCCUUCAAGGGACAACCCGGUCGACUUUAUGCAUUCUUCCCUCCUAGGGAUUGUCAAACAUGUUUCCUGCGAAAUCCUUCUAAGAGGCGGCAUGUUUAUUCGGAAGGCCAAUCAAUCAAAUCCACUUGAGAAGUUCGAGUCCUUCAUCCAGAAUGCGAUACUAUGGCCAGCUUCGGUUGGGAGGCUUCCAAAAAAUGUCAGAACAAUGGCCUAUCUGGCGCAGGCGCUUUCUGGAGGACGUGUCAAGGCAGAUGAAUGGAGAAAUCUAGCAGCCAUUCUCUUCAUAGCACUAUACGCAAGUUGGCAAGAAGAUGGCAUGAUUCCUAAUGAAGAGGCUCCACUCCCGUCGCAUCAAAAUCUGACUGUGGCAAAAUCGAUGAUUGCUCAGGCAAAACUCGUGCAGAAGCGUCGUCAAAAGUUUCUUGCUUCACUGAAUAUCGCUAGGAAUCAGGAUGGGAACAACCCAAGCCCCCCAUCGCCUCGAAGAAACUAUGCAAGGCACUACAAUAAUGUUCUUAAAGUCUGGACACAGAGCGGAAGCAUCUCUGACUACAUGCGUGCACAUGCUUGCCUAGUGCAAGCGUUUCAGGAUUGGGCUGCUAUGGGAUGUCAUCUUGUCCCAUAUUGUCACAUAGCGCUUCAUAUGCUGGAAGGUCUGAGGUGCAAUGGCCCUGUAUAUGCGACCUGGUGCUUUGGGCCCGAACGUCACAAUAGGAUUCUUGCGAAUGUGAAUCAUAAUGGCCAUGGUGCGGGAGAGCUCGAAAGCACAAUGGCCCGUGCUUGGCUGAAGAUGCAGCUGCUGCAAGAGCUGGUUCGUCUACUACGGACUUAA